AUGCUAGCAAGAAUCCAGAAUGCCGCUAACGGCGUUGUGUCCAAGGCCCAAGCUUACACCACGAAGUCAAUCUACUACUCUAAAGUCGUGGGAGAACUGUCGAAGCAGGUUUACCUAAAGGAGAAACUACAACCACCAUCCGUUGGCGAUUUCCAAACUGUCUACACAAGCCUGUAUAAGCAGGCAUUGAGUCUUGCUUUGAAGCCUAAACAGUCUUUGAGUUUGUUCAAGAACGUUCAAAAAGACGAUUUGAUCAAGUACGGUGCCUACGGCGUUCAAUUAGCUGGUCUGUACUCACUGGGUGAGGUCAUUGGCAGAAGAAAGGUGGUGGGAUACAGUAACUAUGCCGCUCACCACUGA